CGCUGGCCAAUGCGGCGCUAUCGAGCACAAUGACCGUGAAACUGUCCAAGAGAAAUUUCACAUGCAGCCGCAGCGAGCUAGCAUGGUGACAAAUAUCAUCAUGGUCCCAAAUAGAAAGCAGAGGAGGGCUCUGCAAAAUGUCAUGCUCGUCUCGGCCCGAUCGACCUCAACGGAGAAAGCUGGCAGCGUGGGCAGACUCGAAACAUGCUGCGUUAAACAGAGCACUUAAGCCCAUCAAGUUUGGAACAAGUAUUUGCGGCGUGCUGGCUGGAAACUAGUUUCAGCAUCGCAUCGAAUCCUUGAAAAUGAAAAUGCUGCGCAAGUCUGGGUGCCUCCACGAGCAUGUACCAAAUAUCAUGGUUGUCGUGUUGCCUUGUUCGCGCCGAACAGCAGACGUGGAUAGUUACUCGGAGACCUUCCUCACAGCGAACAGUAGCAAAGCUUCCCAGCGGGAUGACAAGGGCUGAUCAGAAAAGUGGUUGAAACCUCAAAUGUGUGAGAAAGCACGCAGGUUGUGAUGCGUCUGCCCUUCAGGAUUCAAACGCCUCAUCCUCAAGACGCGUCUCAACAACACCCACUCCGAUUUGAUGGCUUCACGUCCAUUAUAUCAAAGACGCGGGAAACAACACAGGCGCCACGGUCGCGUAGCCAUUGCUGUUCGACCCAGGUAAGUAAUGCCACAAUAGCUGCUACGUGUGGUGAUUCGACUUCCCUUCCUCCAUCUGUGUCGUACAAGCGCCAUGUCUGGAUCUGCAAGGUCCAGAGCGCUGAGUGACACGAUGCAUUGCAGAAGUGCCAUAAUCGUAACGCCCAUGAUUGCGGCUGUCCGAUGUCAGCCGAAUGUGUGCACAGGCAUGCGUCAUUCAAGCGAGGGGGGUCCCGACCUCCCUUUCCCCUGGCUUCGGAACCCGAUCCCUCUCGGCGUCGGCGAACUCCGGCUUGGCCAUGAGCUCUGCGGCGUGCACCUUGGCAUCGUUGAGGUGCUUGUCGAGCUUGGCCCUCUGGUCCUCGAGCUCCUGGACCUUGGAGACAGCCUCUUGGUGCUGGCCCUCGAGCUUAUUCUUCUUCUUCUGUCCCUGCAGCGCGGUGAUGCUCUUCGGCUUCGGCGGCUCGGUGUACUUGGCCUCGACGGCGUCGACGCAGCUCGCCGGUUGCUCCCCUCCAGCAAGCUUCUUGCGCUCGGCCUUGAGGUCGCUGAGGGCGUCGAGCUUGGCCUUCGUCUUGGCGGCGGUGAGCUCGUCGACCUGCUUGCGCAAGGCUGCGAGCUCACUGUCCUGGCGCUGCUGCUUCGCGAUCUCUCAGGGGGCCCAUUUCUGCCUGGCCCACACUCCACGGGGCUGCUGGUGGCUGCUCGGCUGUGGGCCGCCCUGGUUGGCAUCCUUGUGGGCCUUCCUCGCGGCGUCCUCGACCUUGGAUUAGCAGCGCCUCCCGCAGUCGCGGCACCCGAGUCGGCUGGCCCAGUUGGAGUCGUACCCGCAGGCGCACAUCCCUGCCCUAACCCCUAGAACCC